AUGGCCACCGCGGCGGCUCCGUCAUCUUUGGCCCUCAGGGCCUGGAGCCCGGCCGCGACCCCCAGCUCGUACGGGGUCUUCUGCAAGGGGCUUUCCCGCACCCUGCUCGCCUUCUUCGAGCUGGCCUGGCAGCUGCGCAUGAACUUCCCGUAUUUCUACAUCGCGGGCUCAGUGGUUCUCAACAUCCGCUUGCAGGUACAUUUUUAG